GUCAUACAGUAAUUAAAAUGAAAACAAGGGGUGAUGAAAAGACUUGAAUUCCUUUUCCCCCACCUCCACCUGCUUUUUUUUAUCUUUUCCAUCUCUUGAGCUCCAUCCCCACCAAAAUAUAAAGAUACCUACAUUAUAUAGAAACAAAUACAUGUUCUUAUUAUUAUUAUUAUCAUCAUCAACUGUAGAAGAAGAAGAAAAACAAGGCAAUGGAGAGAAGCUCAUCAGUAAGGGACAUGGAAGAGUUGGAAGAGUUUCUCAGGUCCUUCCCGGCGGCGAUGAACCUCGCCGGAGCUGAUCUUUUCGACCUCGCCGACUUCGACACGGACAUAGUGGACAUAUUUUUAGAAGAUACUGUUGAUACAUCAACAGUGACAAAAACUGAAACAUGGUCUCCGACUCAGUACAUAAAUGUUGAAAGUCCAGCUUCAAUUUUGAAGCCAAAUAACAAAGGUAGCAUAGGAGGAUCAAGUGGUUCAGAGCAAUCAGACGAUGAAACAAUAGAAAUUGAGACUGGUUUUGGUUUUUCCUCUGAACAGAGCACACUCACGCAUGAUUCUAAACGCAUUAGACGGAUGGAAUCGAACCGUGAAUCUGCGAGGAAAUCCCGGGAGAAGAAGCAGGCUCACCUGGCCAAUCUUCAGUUGCUGGUUGAUCAACUACAAGAACAGAAGACCUCACUGAAUAAACAACUCGUAGAUGCUAACCAACAGUUCAGUGAGGCUGUGAUGGAUAAUCACGAACUCAGAUCAGGUGUCGAAGCUCUGAGAAUUAAGGUAAAGAUGCUAGAUCUGGUUGUUCGGAGUUCAUUUACAUUCGGCUUAGACAGUCUAAUUCAAAACCACAUCGGCAUCAAUAACGGGUCAAUUCCAAUGAUGAACACACACCUUCCCUUCCAACAAGGGCAGCAAGUCCUGCCACUAACCAGGGAGGAAGCAGAAGCUUUUAACAGCAGCAUGCAAACAGACAUGCAGCUUCAGGGUACAGGAAUGGGCACCUGUUUCAACUUGGAAAAUAUGCCUGCAACUGAUGUGCGGGCAUGGGACAAGCUGGCAUCUGAUAGAACAGAGCCAUAAAUAAGCAUCAAACCAACAUUUGUUUAUGUUUUAGCUUUUGUUUGGUGUUGUGAAACAACAACGUUAUUUGCUUGUGGCUUUUGUUCGUGACUGCAAUAAGGUUUGUUUGUUUGUUGUCCUAACUGUGGCAAGUUGAGCCCCAUUCUUAUGAAUCUAAAAGUAUCAUAUGCAUGUUGUACAGUGAACCAAGUAUAUACAGACUAUUAAAUUCACGGACAAACUGAAGAGCUGAAAAUGAUUUCAACUCAGAAGCCAAACAACUACAGGAUGAAGAUGAACUAGUGUUAUUUUCACCUUCAUAUAAAAAA